AGACGAUCGAGACGUUUAGAGAGAGAAAAAGAUAACGACGACUGUUGAGUUACAAACAAGUGUGAGGAAAAAGAAAAAAUCUGGUUCGAAAUCCAGCAAAAUGGGCUUGAUUUCUGGAAUUUUCAUGGGGACGAUCUUGGGGAUCGCAUUCAUGGCUGGUUGGCAUCACAUGAUGAGAUACAGGAGCACCAAACGUAUCGCAAAGGCUGUUGAUAUUAAACUUCUCGGUUCCCUCAGCAGAGAUGAUUUGAAGAAAAUCUGCGGUGACAAUUUCCCUGAAUGGAUUUCUUUCCCUGUUUUUGAACAGGUGAAAUGGCUGAACAAACAAUUGAGCAAACUCUGGCCAUAUGUUGCUGAUGCAGCAACGUUGGUAAUAAAAGAAUCGGUUGAACCUCUAUUAGAAGACUAUCGACCUGCUGGAAUUACUAAAUUGAAGUUCAACAAAUUGUUUCUUGGAAAUGUGGCACCCAAAAUUGAAGGUAUCCGUGUUCAGAGCCUUAAGAAAGGUCAAAUUACCAUGGAUAUUGAUUUCCGAUGGGGUGGUGAUCCAAGCAUUAUUUUAGGCGUUGAAGCUGCAAUGGUUGCUUCAAUUCCCAUUCAGUUGAAGGAUCUCCAAGUUUUCACAGUUAUUCGAGUUAUCUUCCAACUUUCUGAAGAGAUUCCGUGCAUAUCUGCUGUUGUUGUUGCUCUACUUUCUGAGCCGAAGCCUAAAAUAGAUUAUACAUUGAAGGCCGUCGGUGGAAGCUUAACGGCCAUUCCUGGACUUUCAGAUAUGAUUGAUGAUACUGUGGAUUCAAUUGUAACAGACAUGCUCCAAUGGCCUCACAGGAUUGUUGUGCCUAUAGGUGGUAUAGCUGUAGAUACAAGUGAACUAGAGCUUAGACCACAGGGAAAGCUUACGGUGACAGUAGUGAAGGCAAAUGAUCUUAAGAACAUGGAAAUGAUUGGAAAAUCUGAUCCUUAUGUUGUUGUGUACAUUCGACCAUUGUUCAAGGUUAAAACAAAGGUCAUUGACAAUGACCUGAACCCCAUUUGGAAUCAAACAUUUGAGCUGAUUGCAGAAGACAAGGAGACACAGUCUCUUAUUCUUGAGGUUUUCGAUGAAGAUGUUGGGCAAGACAAACGAUUGGGCAUAGCAAAAUUAAAGCUGAUUGAGCUGGAAGCUGAAACUCCAAAAGAGGUUGAAGUGAGACUCCUUCCAUCACUUGAUAUGCUUAAAAUAAAAGAUAAGAAGGAUAGAGGAACUCUUACUGUUAAGGUGUUGUAUCAUCAAUUUAAUACCGAAGAGCAAUUGGCCGCCCUUGAAGCUGAAAAGAUGAUCCUAGAAGAGAGAAAGAAACUGAAAGCCGCAGGAGUUAUAGGUAGCACUAUGGAUGCUCUUGGUUCUGGGGUAGGGUUCGUAGGAACCGGUCUCGGUGCCGGAGUCGGGCUCGUAGGAACCGGCCUCGGUGCCGGAGUAGGGCUCGUAGGAACCGGUCUUGGUGCCGGAGUUGGGAUUGUUGGGAGUGGUUUCGGAGCCGUUGGUGGCGGCCUGUCCAAAGCAGGAAAGUUCAUGGGAAGGACCCUAACAGGGCAAUCCAGUACUGCGAAGAAGAGUGACUCCACAACUCCCGUGAGUUCUGCUCAAGAAAAUGGCAGCGAAAAGCAGCUUUAGUGUUUUCACAAAAUUAUUGAUGAUAUGAUAUGAGUGAAUUAGAUCCUGUUGUUUUAGGUUCUGUGAGUAGAAUGCUUAUACACUUAUAUAGCCUUUGUUUUCCAAAAAAAAAAAAAAGUAUUCAUAUUGAUUGGAAAAUGAUGUGAUGAAUGUUAGUUAUGUGAAUUACUUGACUUGUAUAAUCCUAGAUCAAAAUAAGUUUGUGUUCUGCUUUUCCUUCCCCCUCUGACCUUGUAUGGUGUGACUAGUCCUUUAAUAUUUGUUUGUCCUGUUGUGUUUCUGAAUGGUAAUUCAUUUUUCAAAAA